AAAUAAGGCGGAACGUUCAUACAUAGCGUUACUAUGGGGCUUAUGCGUUUAUUAUCAAUCUUCGUGGUCCUACUUCUUUUGUAUGAUGAAAUACUUGCUAAAUCAAAAUCAAAGGGAUUUGGACGCUCGAAGACACUUUCGAUUUCAAAACCAAAACAUCGUUAUUCGGGAAGAUCAAGCCUUUUUUCACGUCGAAGCGGACUGUCAAAUUCUCGCAAAAAAGCACUAUUCUUUGGAGCUGGUGCUCUGGCUGGUAUUUAUAUUGGUUCACAAAUAAGAUCACGUGUGCACCUAAGAUCAUAUCAUGAUUUGUAUAAUUACGAAGUUUGUGAAGGCAAACGCACUGAGUUCAUCAAUAGUACAGGGAUGACACGUACUUAUUCAUAUUUCCUAUGUCCUGAUAAUCCAAAUCAACCAUUCGAAAAAUAUUGUUGCUGGGAUUCAACAACUGGUAUGGGUGCAUGUUGUUCGUAUGAUGUAAAAAUGUAUUCACAUUCUGGCAGAGGAGUUGUCGUUGGUACACUACUUGGAACUAUGUUAUUGGUUAUAACACUCGGCUCGAUUAUAUAUUGCUGUUUUCGUUGUAAACGUCAAAGAGAGAGAGAAUCACUGAAUGUUCCAAGUGCACAGCUUACAUCACCUCUGGAUCCAGUGUACAAACCGAACCAAUAUCCUGCAGUCAACCCGACUUCAUCUGUUCCUCCUGGUUAUCCUGUUUAUCCAUAUCCUCCAAACGGACAAUACGUUGGUUAUCCACAAAAUGUUAAUGUCCCUUUUACACCUGUGCCACAAGCAAUUCCAACAAACAUGACCGGAGAAACUGGAUCUAGUUGGAGAGUAGAUACUAAUGUGCCCUAUCCAACCACUCGACCAGAUUUCCCACCCCCUCCCUAUCCAGGAGCUCCAAUUUCAAAUGCUGAAGGAGUUCAUGCUAGCGCUCUAAGUUCAACAUGGAUGACAAAGAGUUGAAUUAUUUCCCAAAUUCCUAUCAUUGAAAGGUGUUGUUAUCGGUAACAUAUGAAAGAUGAGAAGAUUCAGUCCCACUGUUGUUAUUAUUAUUACUAAUAUAGAUGGUAUUCAAAAAUUUUUGUCGAUCAAUUAAUUGUUAUAUGUAUAUUUUUCCCGUUAAUUAUGUUUAUUUCUCAAGUUUUUCCACGUUUAAAGUUGUCUUGUUUAAAAUUGUUUUGUUUUCUUACUUCCAUUUUCUGAUGAAUUCUUUUUAGUUGUUGUCUUUGAAUUUUAAGCAUUUUGAACACAUUUAUUUUGUGUGUGAUUUAUUUAUCUCAUUUUUGUUGUGUUUGUUUUAUACAAUAAAUCAUUACUUUCCUUGUUCUCACUAUAUAUAUAUAUCAGUAUAUCUUCCCAUAUGAGUUCUAUCUAAUCAUUCAGCUAUUUUUUUCUCUAUUGUAAUAGAGUCUGAUGAUUAGUUUGUUAAUGAAAACAUGCUAACAGUUUCUUCCCUUCACGUACACUCAAUUUUUUCGUUACGUUUACAAAUAGUUCAAUAAAUUGGAAAUUAAUUAACAAUUACACUAUGUAUUUGAGUCUGCUAUAUGAUAUCUAAAAUAAUAUUGUUGGACAAUCAAAAUUUAUUAUCAUUAAUUUGUUUUUAUUUUUUCUAUAAAUACAAACUUGUUAUUUGUUGAAUUACUUAAUGAGUUUAUCACUAAUACGUUCAAAUAUUGUUUUUUUUGUGGUGUUCUUUCCUUUCGUUUUUCUUCUUGUUUUUAUAAUUUCUCCAAAUAUUCAUUUAUAUUACAUUUAUUAAUAUAAACUUUUACUGUCACUCUACCACUUUAACUAUUACUAUCCUAUUUAUUACUAAAUAAAUUUUAUUAUAUUUUUAUUCAGUUAGUUGUGUUCACUUAUUUCUGUCCAGCAAAUGAAAAGAUUUACAUUGAACAACUCAGAACGAAAAGAAAAUCUUUGCACAAUUAUUAAAAGCUUAUAAUCAGUUAUUCAUUAUUUUUUUUAAUUUGUAUUUUUUGCUUUAUUAAGUUUUAUUAAGUAAUACGUUACAAAAAGAACCCUUUUUUCUCUUCAUUUUAAUAUUUAAGUGGGUUGGUUACAUUGUAUAUUUGCAAGUUUCCGUGAAUCAUAUGAAUCAGUAAACCGAUAGUCUUCCCACAAACAUCUCAGUUCAUUGAUUAUCAACGUUAUUUUUGUAAUUUAUCUUGCAUCUUGAACUUUUCAUCCUUGAUAUGUGUCCGUCCUCACAUCAUAUUCAUUACUGCAGAAAUAACCCAUAAAUAAUCUCGGAAUAUACAAUCAGGUUUUUAAUUAAUUAGUAUUCUCUCCUUUGAAAUAUAGAUUUCAAUAAGACAUAAAAUAUUAUCUGAUUACUGAAAGACUGAUAUUUACUGUAACUUGGUCACUACAAAAAUUAAAGUCGCAUCUCAUUGGGCACCUUACGUUGACCAUAUAUCUGAUUAUGUCAUAGGUGAUGUAUAUGAUGUAAAA